ACUUUCUCUUUCUAAAUAAGGAAGGUAUGGCUUGAACGCGUCGUCAUUAGUGAGGGGUAUAAACGUGGAAAAUGUCAUUCAACCACUAUGUUUUGCCUGGUGGAACAGGACCUCAAAACUUUAUGAGACAAAUGGUUCCUGGAAUGCCAAUGCAGGUCGCACAGAUUCCUCAGCAGGUGCGUCCGAUUGGUGACUUUAAUAAUGUACCACAAUUCCAAUUACAACCCCAGGCCCAAAUUCCACAACAAAUGCAGUACCAACACCAAAUGCAGCCAUACCAAUAUAUGCAGUAUCAACAACCAGUACAACAGAUUCAACCACCUGUUGCCACCGAAGUCUAUGAACCGCCACAAUCUCUGCCAACAGUUCAACAGCAACCAUUGGUACAACAACCUCAGCCCAAUCAACCGUCGUCCUCUGGACAAGAUUUUAACCAAUCCAUUGUCAGGAAAUCCAUAGAAAUUCUCUGUCAACACAAGAAACCAAUCACUGCAGCUGAACUCUCCCAACAGCUAGCCCCACACAUUGUCAGGUUGAGUGAAAAGCAACUCAUAGAGAUCUUGAGUAACUAUCCAAAUAAUUUUACUGUUUAUGCUAAGGAAGGGACAGAAGAUCACAUUGUAACAGUUUGCACAAAGCUGGGACUAUGCAAGGAACAUUGCUCUAAACAGGGACAGUGCCCUGGGAUCCCAGUGUGUGAUGGACUACACAUCUGCAAGUUUUACCUGUUGUCAAACAGUUGUAGAGUGGAAAAACAGGGAAAGAACUGUCUGUUUGGUCAUGACUUGACAUCACCACAUAAUAUGUCUUUACUAAGACAAAACAUGUUAGAGCAUUUAAGUGUUCACAGCAUAAAAAGUCUAUUUCGAACCACAGAGAGCCGUGGAAGAACCACCAUGCCAAGUAUAUGCAAAUUUUAUAACAUAAACGUAGGAUGCCGGGCGCAGGAGGAUGGAAAAUCAUGUCCUUAUUUACACAUCUGCAAGUUUUAUGUUAUAGGACAGUGUAGAUUUGGAAAAAGAUGCAAGCGAGGCCACGAUGUAUUUGAUCCGCAAGUUAAAGAAAUCCUAAACAAAUAUGGAAUCAACACAAACAGAACUCCGAAAGAGAUUUUGCAAGAGAUUCGUAAUGUGGAGAUAGAUAUAGGAGAUGACGCCAGCAGUCAGGCCUCUGCUCACAGCAAGGAUCCUUACAGAACAGGGUUGGACUCUGAUAAUGACGACCCCUCGGAAUCUGAGGAAGCCUCAGCCAGUGCCUCUCCUGAUGACCUUCCAGCUGAUAUCUGUAUUUUUCACCUGAGAGGACGUUGUGCAUUUGGCAAAAGCUGUCGAAAAUCACAUAAAGGGAUGACUUACCAGUGGCAGUAUCGCAAGAAGGCCCUGAAUCAGUGGGAUGACUUCCAGCACAAUCACAAUGUAGAGGUGGAGUUCAACUAUUGCGACGUAGCCAGAAGCGAAUGCUAUGUGAAAACCGACACUGGAGUUCUGAAGUUAAACUUUGACACUCUGGAGGGAGUUCUGCUGGAGAACAACCAAGUGGUGGUACAGAUGUCACUACGCCGCCUAUCCACACCGUCCUCAGAGGUGGAGAAGUUCCAGCCACUGGCCACCGUGUGGAAGUGGUACUGGAACUGUGAGGAUGGUAAAUGGCAGGAGUAUGGACAGGGUAACCAAUCUGGGAGGUACCAGUCCACGGUAGACAGCUCCAGCAUGGAACAAAACUAUUUGAAGAAUCCCACUGGGCAGCUCCAGUUCAAUACCCUGGGCUACGAGUAUGUCAUGGACUUUGAGCAGAUGCUUCAGCAGAAUCUGCAGUCUGGCACUCAGAGAAACGUUCGUAGACGACCAGUGUUUGUCAAUGAGAAAGAAAUGGAGCGAAACAAGAAAAAGGCACCAGAGGCAGGCUCACAGACAGGCAAGGUGGUGUCCAGGGUAACCGGACCAGCACUGACUCGCCCCAUGCAGAACUACAUUCCCCCAGAGUGGGAGAUUCACAUGAAGAGAAUGGGAGGCCAGCAACACGUCAUAGAGCACUUCCAAAGGACUGUAAUAACAGGAGAUAGUGACCCACGGUUGGCUGAGGAAGUGAAGAAAAUCAAGGAGCUGUUCUACCAGACCAUGGCCCCCAACCAGUACAUCACCUGUAUAGAGAGGAUAGAGAAUGGAGAACUGUGGAUGAACUUUGUCAGCAAGAGAGAGAAAAUGAGCAUGAAGAAGAAAUCUGGUGAUAUAAAUGAAAAGAAGCUCUUUCAUGGAACAUCACACAAGUACAUAGAUGCCAUCUGUAGGCAGGGCUUCGACUUCAGAUUCAGCGGCCAAUCCACAGGAACCAAGUACGGCAAAGGAAGCUACUUUACAAAGAGUGCCAAGUUUGCGGAUAGCUACACAGACCGAAGCCGAGACAAGGAGAUGUUUCUGGUGCGUGUUCUGGCUGGGGACUACACCCUUGGUCAAAGCACUAUGGUGCGACCCCCCCACAAAACCCCCACCAACCUGUUCGAUCUGUACGAUUCUUGUGUGGAUGAUAUGGGCAACCCCAAUAUAUUUGUCAUAUUUACGUUUGAUCAGGUAUACCCGGAAUAUGUCAUUAAGUACCGAUCCUAAGUUAAAAGUUUGUUGAGAAGAAAUAAAGGUUGUCAGAUACAAAAUUCAGAAAUCCAUGAUUGAUUGCUCCGAUUUUAAUCAUAUAAGUAGUAGAAAGCAAAUUUUGUGAACGCCCAGCAUAGGCAAGUUGCCUGAUAUUAAGGUGACAGUUUAUAAGUUGUUCCGUAUGUUUCAAACAUUUCAUGAUCAUUUGUAUGUAAUGUUUUAAGACACACAUGUUUACAAUAGAAAAAAGAUAUGUCAUAAUCAUGUACCAAUUUAGUAUAAAUUGAAGUAUUUUACUGUAAGAUUUUUUUUAAGAAUGCAUAAUUCAUAUGUUAUACAUAAAAAAAAAUAGAAAUGAAAAAAAAUUGAUCAUCCUAAAUUACUCUCAUAAGUCCAAGGAAGUUACAAAUAUUUGAUCACCAUCCAUUCUUGUUUAUGCAUAAAGGUGUUCAAAGAUCCACUUGGUUUUAUAUGUUCUAGCUGUUUUAAAUGUUGGGCCCUAGAAUAUGAAUCUGUCUGUUACCGUAGUAUGAGAGAUAUUUGUAACAUAUAUCAAUCCAUUCAUUAUCGUAUAGGUUAUGUUCCUUAAUUGAAUUUGUGUUUUAUGGCACAUUUUUUGUAUCUCUUGUUUACGUUGUGUGACUUUUAUGAAUUUUAUAAAGCUUCAAGUUACAUACUGUAACACCUGGCAUUAAUGUUUGUGUAAAAUGACAAGAAGCAGCUCUCGCUUUUAGAAUCUUGCUUUUAAUUUUCACACAAUUUAAACUAUAUGAAAUAAUAACAAAAAGAUCAUUGCUUGUGAUUUUAUAUUUUCAUUAUUUUAAACAAAACAGCAGAAUGGCAGAAUUAAGUACAUUGUACUCACAUAAAAUAAGGAAUUUACAGUACUAUGUAAUAAAAAAUCAUACACGUGUUUUUAUUGGAAAAGCUUAUUAAACAAAUAAUGUAAGAAAUGAUUGUUUAGUGUAUAAACCUCUCAUAGACAAUAGUUUCUUUAAAUCAAACCUUAACACAAAUAUAAACUUUUGAAGGAAAAAAGUAUGUAUUCAUUUAAUUGAUGCAGGUGUACAUGAAUUUGAUUACAGAUACAUGUACUUUUCAGGCUUUAAAUUUAGAAAUAUCUUUUUUACUGUAAUUUUUAUGCUGAAUCAAUCUGAAUGUUUCCGCCUAUCAACUACCAUGAUAAGUUUAGAUCAGCAGUAUCAAACAUAUGCUAUGAUAUCUCCAAUCAUUUACUAAUACAUGUAGCAUCAAGUUUUUCUGUGGAUGUGGUCCCUGUGAAAUUUUCACCAAAACACUAAUUAUGAAUUUUCCACGUCUCUGAGUCAUGUUGAGCAUGUCAAAGGAUGUCAAAGGACAACCCAUAGGUGUAACAGACAUGUUUGUGAUAAUAUCUGAGGUUUUUUUUUUUUUUGCAAUUUUGUGUAAUAAGAUCAGAUGAACUCCACAUUUUUGAUGAUAUUUUUCUAAUUAAAACUGUCACUAUAUAAAAGCAUGUUUAACUGUUAAUAGAAAUUUGGAGAGUGGACUCCAUUACUGCAGUCAUGUUUAUGUGAUAGUAUUUGAGUUUUUGAUUCCUUUUUCCUUAUUUGUUACUGUGUAAAUAUGGUGAGAAAAUUUUAAUCAUAUACUCUUAAACAAAAACUUAAAAAAAACCAACAUACAUUAUAUGUAAAGGCAUUUGAUAUGAAAUACUAUGUUCAUCGAUGUAUAUUUUGUGAUUAAGGGUGAUAAUUGAUAGGCAAUUUUUUUUGGGGGGGGGGGGAUAGUAGGAGGGAUAUUUUUUGGCAGGGAAUGUAAAAAUUUUCUUUGGUUGAAAUUGUUUUUUGUGGAUUCUUUUUAGUUUGGGUCAGGUUCAUUUUAUAUAAUGGGAAUAUCAAUUAAAUGAAAUGUUAAGUUUUUUAAUGUGCAUUUUUAUAUGAUUAGAGGUUGUUUUUUUUUUUUUAUUGAAGAUUGAUGUUGGUAUUUUCUAAUGAAUGGGUGGGCGAUUCCUCAGUGUGCUGUUGUAUGACACGGUGUAAUGUAGUAUUUAUUUUAACCUUUUAACUCUGAUGCAAAGGAAUUCAAAUAGAAAUAACUAAAUUAUAAUAAUAGAGAAGAGUAUUUAAAAAAAAAAACCAAAAAUGUAUCAGUAUGUUGAAAUUUGUAAUGGUUUUAAUGAAUUCCUUUCCAUCAGUUUACAUUGUCUUGAAUCUCAACAUAGAAUGAUGUAAAGCGGGAAUGCAUUGAAGGGAAACUAUUUAGUUAUGUACAUUUUGCAUUGGGAUGCUUUAAGAUCCAGACAUGUUUUUGUCUGCGCUGUGCUCCCAGUGUUUUUGAGAAUUGUGUUAUGCAGUCCAGUUUUAUUUUUUGUUUUAUUUGAGAUUUUUAUAAUAUUGUUAAUAUAUAUUUUUUUUUUCACUUGAAAAAGAACAAAGAAAAAAUGACAUAAAAUUUAAAAGAGCAAUUGUUAUCAAACAUUUCUCAUCAUAGUACUCUUUGUAAAAUGACUCUCUCUGCAAUGUGUGAUUAAUAGAUAGAAAGCAAUGUUUCGGAAAAAUAAAAUAAAGUAUAAAAUAGAGAUGGCAUUAAAAAAAUCAAAGCAUGCAUCAGAAAGAUUAUUGGUUAGGUAUGGUUAUCCUAACAAAAAGAUGUUAAUGUAAAUGAUAACAAAAAUCCUAUUUCAUUCAAAUAUUACUAUUGUUUACCAUUUAACUAGGCAAAAAAAUAAAACCACAUUAAAAUUGAAAAAAAAAGUAUUAUAAGUACAUGAACUAAAUAUAAUGAAUAUUACUUUUCAUCCUUUUGAAACCAUUUAAUACAAGAAAUUUCAACAUUUAAAUUAUUAAAUCUUCUGCAGAGUCAACUUCAGAACUAGAAAAAAAAAAAGAAAUUCAUUGAGGCUAAUGACCACUCAAGAUACAAUAUCCACCAUAAAUUGAAAUUUUUGUUAAUAUACUUGGUACAAGAAAGUUGUUUUUUCCACCAAAAAAAAUAUUAAAUUAGAUCCAUUUAUAACAAGUUUAAGCUAAAGCAUUUAUAUCUUAAUUUAUUAAGAAUAAAGACAAGUUUAUUUAUAAUUUUGUUUUUAAAUGUAUUUGAAUAAAUACUGAAGAAUUUUCUUUAGGAAUCAUGCAGUUUUUUUCCAAACACCAGCAUAUACAGUUGAGAUGUUGAGAAAUUUUGAUAAUAUAUGAAAUGCACAAGGGUUGCAGCCUUGUGUAGCGUGUAGAUAGAGAGCAAUCUAUAGUUUGUUGUUAUGGUAUUCUAUGUGUAAAGCUACAUCUUGACAGUUCCAACAUUUUUGGAGGGUUCAUAUGUGAAAGACACUGUUCUUGAAAGGGUCACUGUAUGUACUUGGUGUAUACAAAACACUUUUCAAAUUAUAGAAAUCUUUUUUAUUAUAUUCUGACUUUGCUGACUAAAAUUUCAAUUAAACAUUUGGCCGUUUUA